AGCAAGGAAUUUAAUUAAUCCACGAUUUUCUCAAAAAGUAUCUUGGUAACAACUAAAAUAUUGACUUUAGUGUAUCACGCUGGCAUUUAGAUUAGAAAGUUCAUGCUGGAAAAUUUCCAUGAAAAUUAUUGGAACUGGAAUUUUCUGUUAGUAUGCGCUUUUUCACGUAUCAACUGCAAAAUUUAUGAAAAACUCUGCUGCGGUUUUAAGAGGAGUAUGUUGCACUGACAAACUGUUCAGUUGUCUAACCGUCUAUCAUUCUUUAUAAUCGUAUCUGGUCCCUAUCUUUCUUAUAGGGAUUCAGAACAAUAUGUAACUUAACAAAUAUUGUUUAUGAUUUGAUGGCGUAGCAUGGUUUGACCGAAGGUAAUUUGGCAAAGUUUAAGGUCACUGGAAGAAAAAGUGCAUACGUCGUGUCCAGUCCAUAUCUUUUUUAUAGAAGAAAAUUUGAAUAUAUAACUUCACAAUAAGAUUGUCUUUGACCUCAGAAAGUGUCAGGAUUUUUGGGUCACUUGGAAGAAAAGUACAUAAUUCAUAUCCGGUCUAUAUCUUUCUGAUAGAGAACAUUGGAAAUCCCCACUUUUCACAGAUAUCUUUAACCCGAGGGUUUUUCAAAAGUUUGACCCAAAUUGAAUUGCGCAGGUAUAAGGUUACUUAGAUUGCCUUAGGCCUGAAAAUAUGUGUUGACCUUGCGCUUUGUUAAUUUGUGAAAUUUCAAGGUCACUGGAAGAAAAAAUGGUGCAUCCAUUACUUUCUAAUUAGGAAAUACAACAAGUGGACUUUGACGGAUAAUAUGAACCUCUCUGGGAUAUUGAAAUUAUUGACAAAAUCUUCAUAAAAUUACAGUUUUAAAACCUUUAAAAACUACAAUAUUUUGCAUAAUUAAAAUUAUCUUAUAGAAACCACAAAUAAUUUCCAACUCAUCAGUUUAAAAUCAUUAUCUGAUGCUGAAAUUACAUAUACUGCGCUUUAUAACCACAAUUUUAGGGGAAAAGAUAUGUAAAUAAGGGUUACUAGCAUAUGUAUGUAAACUGUUCCAUUCGAUAGUGGUAUUUUGUUUCCUCUUUUGUAUUUAAUUUCAAAAGUCCAUCAUAUGUUUUUCCUUGAUCGAUAAAAAACACCUUUGUUGCUAAUUAAUAACAGAUGUGCAGCUAUAAAAACAAAGUGUUCAAAAUAGAGGUAUACCUAAAAUAAUUCAGUAAGUUCCUGGUUUAUGAUAAGCAUUUUCAAUUUAAUCUAUUAUUAUUUCCCCAAACUCAAAGGCUACACAAGAAAGGUGAAUUGAUACGCUAUCGCACCUCAAUGAUGAAACGGAAGAAAAAAGGAAUUAAUAAGGAAAUAUGGUUGAGAUAUCAAUUUUUUAAAUUAACAAUAGCCAAGUUUGGAUGAAUAAAACAAGCUUUUGGUAAAUUGUGUUUUUAGUAUAGGUUUAGUCUUCACUGAAUCAAUUUAUUCUAUUUUUUUGUAACGGUUUUUGCAAGAAACAUGCAAAAGCCAAUAUUUUUAGUCUGGUUUAUCCUGAUUGAACUCUUAACAAACGCAACACAUAGUAAAAACCCUGGCUUGAAAUCUAGGAUAACAUCUAAGGGAUUCACUUACGCUGUAAACGUAGCAUUAGAUGUCCUGUCCAAAGGCAUCACACAUAAAGGAAUUCCUGAUCAACAUGGCGUAUCCGGAAAUGUGUCAUAUGAUAUCACAAGAACAACAAUAACGAGAUUCAAGAAACCAGCAAGUACCGUAACUUUGCAAUAUGUGGGCCCUUUGUGGAAAACGUCAAACAUUGACAUUGGUCUCCAUGGUGACUUUCAGUACAAGUACAAGAAAGGAAAUAUUCCCAUUUAUGAGCAUGGAACGUUUGAUAUGACUGGUAGUGGAAUCACUUUUGCCAUAAAUCUGAUGAUAGGCAUGGAUUAUGCGGGAAGACCGACCAUAUCUUCAAGACAAUGUUCUUGCUCUGUUCAAUCGACUAAUAUAAAAUUUCAAGGUGGUAGAGCAGAGAUUUAUAACUUGUUUAGUCGAAAAGUUGAGAAGAGUUUUAAAAGUUCGAUUGAGGGUGGAAACGGAUUGCUCUGUAAGCAGUUAACAAAGCUGGUAAAUGUUGAUGGUGCAAGGUUGAUGGCGCAAUUUCCUGUCAGUGUUCCGUUUGCCAGCAAGUUUAGGAUAGAUUACAGUUUUAUGUCUAAACCAGCCUUUUCAUAUGGUUUUAUGGAAACUUACCACAAGGGUGAGGUGAAUUGGUAUGGUAACCGUGGGACCAUUCCUUUUGAUGCUCCGCCACUUCCAGCAGGCUCCAGUUCCUCCAAAAUGCUGUACCUCUGGUUUUCCGACUUCCUCUUUAACUCUAUGUCUUACACUGCUUUCUCUCAUGGAUUGUGGACCUACAACAUCACCGAUAAAAAUAUACCUGGAGGAAUUCUAAAUACAACUUGCAAAAACAUGUGCAUCGGUAAAUUAAUUCCACAGAUUGGAAAGAUGUUUCCUAACUCACAAGUAAUGAUGAACCUGAGAAGUUCAACCAUGCCCAAUAUGACUUCAGUUUACGGAAAAACAAGAGUAGAUGCAGACGCAGAUAUCAAGUUUUACGCCACAAACGGAAAGGGAAAAUUCGACUACUUUCUAACACUGAGUGCAAAUAUAUCGACGACUAUAUCGAUAACGGUAAACAACGAAAAGGUGUUUGCACGAGUUCUUAAACUUCCAAUCAACGUCAAUGUGAAAGAUUCAAAAAUAGGACAACUGAGUGGUUUUAUGCUGGAUUUCAUUGUUAAAAACAUAAUUACAACAUUCAUGGAGCCAAAGUUAAACAACCUCGGAAGAAAUGGUUUUCCUUUGCCAAUUAUAGGUUCAGUUCAUUUUGCCAAUACAGAGUUGCAUGUUCAACAGAAUUCUCUGCUGAUCGCCACUGAUGUGAAGUACUAUUAAAUUCUAUCGUACAGCAACAUUUGUGCUAAAACCGGAUCAAAAGAUGUCAGAGUUUUUUCUAACGCAGAGUUAAAGAUAUUAUUAUCUUUUAUAAGUUAUAAUUCCAAGUUUGUUUUUAAUUUAAAUGCAUUAUUGUUGGUUUUACUUGUCCACUAAAGUCUUAUAAUAAAUGCAAUACUUCAAUGGGCUGAAAAGUGUGAGUUGUGAAACAAACUGUGAGACAAGCUGUGGCUUUAAAUUGUUGGCAUAUUGUUUGUUUAAUGAGCCCAAAUUUGAAAACGAUAGAAUGUCG